ACUCGUUUGAUACAGCCAUUUUGCCAACAGUUAGGGAAGUGUUAUUAGAUCUAGGUCUAGAUCGAUCUUAUGUAGACUCUUGUUUUACGCAUAGUCAUAAAUAUAGAUCUAAUUACAAUUUAAUUGAGUUUAGAUAUCUAGAAACUAACUUCUUUAUAUAAAGAAAUGACUGCUCAUGAUCAGAUUCGAGCUAUGCUCGAUGAAUUAAUGGGAACAACUCGCGAUGGCGAUAGUGACAAGUAUCGAGUGAGGUUUGAUGACCCUCGGGUAUGUAAGAGCUUCCUACUGAAUUGUUGUCCUCAUGAUAUUCUGGCUAGCACGCGUAUGGAUCUUGGAGACUGCCCGAACAUACAUGACCUGGCUCUUCGCGCAGACUAUGAGCUUGCUGCCAAGUCAAAGGAUUACUUCUAUGACAUUGAUGCCAUGGAACAUCUUCAGAGCUUUAUAGCUGACUGUGACAGAAAGACAGAAGUUGCUAAACGUCGAUUAAAAGAAACUCAGGAAGAACUGAGCGAAGAAGCUAAUAGCAAGGCAGAGCAAAUUCAUGCUCUUGGUGAACAGAUUGGUACACUUAUGGCAAGAGCAGAGGAAAUUGCUACUGCUGGAGAAGUAGAUGAAUCUAUCAAAAUGCUGGAAGAAGUGGAAGCUCUCAAAGCUAAGAAAAGUCAAGCAGAGAUUGAAUUCAGGAAUUCCAUGCCAGCUUCAAGUUAUCAGCAACAAAAAUUGCGUGUGUGUGAAGUAUGUGGUGCUUAUCUGGGCAUCCAUGAUAAUGAUAGACGAUUGGCAGAUCAUUUUGGAGGCAAACUUCACCUUGGCUUUAUUACAAUUAGAGAAAAGUUGGAUCAUUUGAAGGUUCUGGUCUCUGACAGACGAGCUCAGCGUGAAGCACAGAAAGAAGAAAUAAGACAGAGAAGGGAAAUGGAAGAUGCUGAUAGAGCAAGGGGUAUGGCUGCCUCAGACCGCAGUCCCAGUCGGAAUAAAAAUACAUACGAUCGAGAUGCUGAUAGGGGUGGGAGAGAUAGAAGCAGGGACAGAAUUAGAAGAAGAUCCCGUAGCCCUGACAGGCAUAGGAGGAAGCGAAGCUCAAGGUCCAGAGAUCGCAGUUCCAGAAAAAGAUCAAAGCGCAGUCGUUCCCGGUCCAGGCGCUCUCGCUCUGGUUCUAGAAAUGGCAGAAGGCAUCGUUCACGCAGUCACUCUAGACGUAAGCAUCGUAGGAGAAGCCGCUCAGACAGUCGGGGUCGCAAUGAUCGGUCACGUUCUGGGUCAGGUGAAAAGAAGGCAGAAUGAUGAUAUUUCUUAUGAUAAACUUUGGGCUUAAGUCUUCAUUUUUUUUAAUGUCAUGAAAUGGGAAGUUUUUAUUCAAUUUACUUUUGAGAUUUUACUUAUGUAUAGAACUGGUAGGAUUUUGUUUAUGGUUCAUUUUUAUAUCUGGUGAUUAGCUUCUUAAAGGAAUUUAUUUUAAAUUGAAUAUGUCCCAUGUUUGAUGAAUUAGUUUCUGGAUUACAUCCAGCUCCUUUCCCCCAAUGUCCUAUUUUGUUUUGUUGGUUAUUUUCUUUGAUUGUACUUGUAAAAGGUCAAAUAAAAGAUUGGCUUCUUA